AUGGAGGGGGAGAGCAGACAGCUCAGUGAUGACGAGGCUGUCGGUGGAUGUGAGGAUUGUGUCAUCAUCAGUGGGAACUGCAGUGACCGGUCCUCAGACGCCAAGAAUGUCCCCAUCACCCAAGUCACGGAGGCAAUCUGCACAGUGGGGCGCGAAGAGGCCAGAAAAGCUUCAGAUGCCCUGAAACCAAAGCUCCAGACAGAUGUUAGCUCUCUUGUGGGUGUUAAGCUUCAAAUCCCAGUCCUCUGGAAGAGCAGUCAGAGAGACCUGACAGAAGAUGGAGAUGAAGGUAGAGAUGGCGAGACAGAGGACAGCAGUGGCUCUGGCUCUCCAGGGACGCUCACACUCUGCUGGGAGACCACGGCACUCUCUAAUACCUCAGCAUCCCUGAGUUGGCAAGCAACCACUUCAGCAAGCACACCGCGGCUGUCCCCCACCAGCCCUUACCCCACCAUUGACCUCACAGAUGAAGAAGUGAUACCCUGGAGCAUCAGUACCCCAUUGGUUGACCUGAGCCAGGACAGCCACCAGGAGGGCAUGGACACUGCACAGGUGGAUGUGGAAAGCAGAGAUGGAGACAACACCGAGUAUCAGACAGGGUCAGAUGGCAAUAAGGUGCAGUAUGCUGAGAGAGGAUUCUGGAAUGGAUUACCAUGUGCUGUGGUCCUGGCCAGAGACUACCUAGUGUUCACUGUGUUCUGCUCAUGUUGGAGAGAGCAGCUGGCACUUCAUGGUCACCCAUGGUGGCCACACCGCAACGUCUCUACUGACAAACUGGUGGCCCUUGUGUUCAGCCAGCAUUUUAAUCUGGCUACCUUCAAUAAGCUGGUUUCUCACAGGAAGGCCGUAGACCAUGCUCUGCAGAGAGCCAGGGUGCGAGCUGGCAAGACCUUCCCCAGCAGCCCGGGAGACUCCCUGGAAGACCAGCUGAAACCCAUGCUGGAGUGGGCCCAUGGGGGCUUCAAGCCCGCUGGCAUCGAGGGCCUCAAACCGAACAACAAACAACCAGAGAACAAAAGUCGAAGAUGCACAGCCAACGACUCUGCCUCUGCUGACUACUGUCCCCCACCCAAGCGCCUUAAGACCAAUAGCUAUGGCGGAAAAGACCGAGGGGAGGAUGAUGAGAGCCAAGAAAAGAUGGCUUCUGAUGUUGCCAACAACAAAGACAAUCUGGAAGACCGCUGUUUGUCCUGCGGUAGGAAGAACCCUGUGUCCUUCCACCCCCUCUUUGAGGGUGGGCUCUGUCAGAGUUGCCGGGAUCGCUUCCUGGAGCUCUUUUACAUGUAUGAUGAGAACGGCUAUCAGUCCUACUGCACAGUGUGCUGCGAGGGCCGCGAGCUGCUUCUGUGCAGCAACACAAGCUGCUGCAGGUGCUUCUGUGUGGAGUGUCUGGAGGUGCUGGUGGGUGAAGGAACAGCUGAGGAUGCCAAGCUGCAGGAACCCUGGAGCUGCUAUAUGUGUCUCCCACAGCGCUGCCAUGGGGUCCUCAGGCGCAGGAAGGAUUGGAACAUGCGCCUGCAAGACUUCUUCACUACUGACCCUGACCUCGAGGAAUUUGAGCCACCAAAGGUGUUCCCAGCAAUUCCUGCAGCCAAGAGGAGACCAAUUAGAGUCCUGUCCCUGUUUGAUGGAAUUGCGACAGGGUACUUGGUGCUCAAAGACUUGGGUAUCAAAGUGGAAAAGUACGUUGCCUCGGAAGUCUGUGCGGAGUCCAUUGCCGUGGGCACCAUUAAGCAUGAAGGCCAAAUCAAAUACGUGGAUGACGUCAGGAAUAUCACAAAGGGAAAUAUUGAUGAGUGGGGCCCAUUCGACUUGGUGAUUGGUGGAAGCCCUUGCAAUGACCUCUCUUGUGUGAACCCUGUCCGAAAAGGCCUGUUUGAGGGCACUGGCCGACUCUUCUUUGAGUUUUAUCGAUUGCUAAAUCACUCACGCCCUGAGGAGUGUGAUGACCGUCCAUUCUUCUGGAUGUUUGAGAAUGUGGUAGCCAUGGAAGUCGGUGACAAGCGGGACAUCUCACGAUUCCUGGAGUGUAACCCAGUGAUGAUCGAUGCCAUCAAGGUGUCUGCCGCUCACAGGGCCCGAUACUUUUGGGGCAACCUGCCUGGGAUGAACAGGCCCGUGAUAGCUUCCAAGAAUGAUAAGCUCGAGCUGCAGGACUGCCUGGAGUUCAGUAGGACAGCAAAGUUAAAGAAAGUACAGACAAUAACCACCAAGUCAAACUCCAUCAGACAGGGGAAAAACCAGCUUUUCCCUGUAGUGAUGAAUGGCAAGGACGAUGAUUUGUGGUGUACUGAGCUCGAAAGUAUCUUCGGCUUUCCUGCACACUACACAGACGUGUCCAACAUGGGCCGUGGUGCCCGCCAGAAGCUGCUGGGAAGGUCCUGGAGUGUGCCAGUCAUCAGACACCUCUUUGCCCCCUUGAAGGACUACUUUGCAUGUGAAUAG